CACAUUGUGGAUUAACACAUCUAACCCCUGGAGUUUUCGAUGGCUUAGUCAGACUUAAGAAACUAAUCCUGGCGCACAACAAAAUAACUUUCAUUGAGGCCUGGACGUUUAAAGACCUUUCUUAUUUGAAUUAUUUGUACUUGGAAUCAAACGCGAUUCAUGAAUUCAGUGAGGAUUGUUUCAAAGGCCUCGCCCGUAUUAAGUCCAUAGACUUGGAAAACAAUACAAUAACUCAUGUCAGGGCUGGUGCCUUCAAAGAUGUUGGUCAAACACUCGAACGAUUCCUACUGCAUGGAAACCUUAUGACUUCAAUUAAUGCUUCAAUGUUUACUGGCUUACGAAACCUACAGAGGAUAAAUUUUAACAACAAUCAAUUAAGAUACAUUGAACCGGGAGCCUUCCACAAUCUAUCUACUGUGACUGAUUUAGUAAUUUCAUCGCUGAGUCCAGAACCAUACCUUCUUUACCCCGGCAUAUUUGAUGGACUGGAUUCCUUGACGGCUUUAUAUGUAUAUGAUCAGCGUUUAUGCUGCCUGUUACCGACUUACGUUCUUUGCGUUGUCCAGAAGCCUGCUCACCCUCUCUUCACCUGCCGAAAAACCUUUCUUCAGAACACAACCAUCAAGAUUUUCAUAUGGAUCCUUGGUUUGAGCGCCCUUUUCGGUAACAUCUUUGUCAUCACCUUGAGAAUCAGAAGCCGUUCAGUGACAACGGUUGGUAAGAUCCAGUCCAUGUUCAUCACUAACCUAGCUGUGUCUGACUUCUUUAUGGGAAUCUACAUGGUACUCAUUGCAGUCAUGGAUAUCUACAUUGGGGAAUCCUAUUUCUGGGAAGGUCGUGCUGAUGAAUGGCGCUCCAGUGUCACUUGCCAGAUUGCAGGAUUCCUAUCUGUCCUUAGCAGCGAAGCAUCGGUCUUUCUCCUGACCUUGAUAACAGCUGAUCGUUUUAUUUCCAUAGUAUUUCCCUUCAGCCAACACCGCCUUAGUACCACAUCUGCUCGUGUUGCUCUUAUUGUCAUCUGGAUAGUCGCAAUUUCUCUAAGUCUUAUCGGUGUCCUGCUGAACAAUGUAAUACCCGAUGCCUAUGGUCUUAGUGAUGUCUGCGUUGGUCUGCCAUUCAUCAGGAAAUCAACGGACAUCUCUACUGUAAUUGACCAGCGUUCAUCUGCCCAGUACAACACUGUGAUCUACAAUGUUGCAUCAGGAUCCACAGUCUCGACAUGGCAGUUCUCCAUUUUCUUGUUCCUUGGAGUAAACCUCUUUAGCUUCAUCAGUAUCCUCUUCUCUUAUAUCAUUAUUUUCAUCAAGAUUCGUCUGGAUCAGGCCGAAGUCGGUCGCAGGGCAGAAGCUUCUAACGAAAUCAAGAUGGCCUUGAUGAUGUUCUUGAUCGUCGGCACCGACUUUUGCUGUUGGAUGCCCAUUAUCAUUCUUGGUAUUCUCGUCCAGACGGUCGGGGUUGAUGUUACACCAGAUAUCUACGCCUGGUUGGUGGUGUUUGUUUUACCAAUCAACUCGUCACUCAAUCCCUAUCUAUACACCAUCAUUCACAAGUCAUCGAAGAGAUCUUCAAAUGAGAAGAGCAAGCAGACGAUUAUUAGCAUGGUUACCCGUGACUAGGAUUGAACACAAUGGCACUAAGAGGCACAAAUGAUAAGGAAAGGGCGCCUGUGGUCC